UCAACGAAAGAUGAUUUCCACAUAAUAGCGAUUGGCACGCGCUCUGUGGAUAUUGCUUAUAGAUCUACGGAUGAACUAAGCGUAAACUUACCCUACCUUACCUCGAGGGGCUGGUGAUCUUUCAGCGCUUACACAAUCGACCAACAUUUGAAAGCAAUUUGUAAACAAAUACAGAUCAUUGCGCGAACAUUCUAGUGUUCAUAAGACACACAGUGAAUCGCUGCUGCCUGAUGUUAAAGAUCGCGCGUGACCCAUGCAACAGCGACUGCGUGUUAAAGUUUGGCUCUGUGAAUCGGUUUGUUUUCCUGGAUGCUGGUUUUAUUUACAUGGAUUAAGGCACACUGGCUGAAACUCUGGCAUCUUACAGGAGGACUUGAAUGAGCUGAGGAUGGCGGAUAUUAGGACGUAUAAUGUGGUUAUUUUGGGAAUAGGAUUUUUGCUAAUUUUUACAGCCUUCACCACCUGCGGUAAUAUCGAACAAACAGUGGUGAAAAGCUUGAAUAGCACUAACUUCACUGGGAGUGGCUAUCACAGCCUUGGAAUAAUAUAUGGAGUUUUUUCAUUCUGCAACGUGUUAGCUCCCACUAUCGUUGCAAUAAUCGGACCGCAGUUUGCAAUGUUCAUGAGUGGAGUUCUUUAUAGUGGUUAUAUAGCUGUUUUCAUCAUUCCAUCCACAUGGUCCUUUUAUUUCACUUCGGUGAUAAUUGGCAUUGGAGCAGCCAUGCUUUGGACAGCUCAAGGACACUUUCUAGUGGAGAACUCUGAUGCUUCCACCAUCAACAGGAACACAGGACUGUUUUGGGCUUUACUGCAGUGCAGUAUGUUGUUUGGAAAUCUAUACGUUUAUUUUGAUUGGAAAGGAAAAACUGAAAUUUCAGAUAGAGACAGAAAGGUCAUGUUUAUUGCUCUGCUGGUUAUCUCAGCACUCGGGACACUGAGUUUUCUUGCAUUGAGGAAGGUCUGUCAGCAGGAAGAGGUUCUCUCUGAAGAGGAGGGCCAGUCUCUGUUAUCAACGAGAUUGAAAUAUAAACAGAGAGCAACAUCUGCUGUGAUGGAAGCUAAAACCGAGUUUAAAACAAUUUUGGAAAUCUUCAAAACAAAAGCCAUAUUGUUAUUAAGUUUCUGCAUGGCAUACAGUGGCUUGGAGCUGUCAUUUUACAGUGGUGUUUAUGGAACCUGCAUUGGAGCUACAACACACUUUGGAGAUGCAGCAAAAGGCUUAAUCGGCAUUUCAGGCAUUGUGGUGGGAAUCGGAGAAAUAGUUGGGGGAGGAUUGUUUGGCCUUGUAUUGAAGAAUAACCGUUUCAGGCGCACUUCAGUUGUCUUUUUAGGCAUGGUUGUGCACUUUGUGGCCUUCUACUUGAUAUUCCUCAACAUACCAGAUGAUGCACCUGUGGUUUUCCAAACAAGCUCACAGCAUAAGCCAUAUCUGAUACCAAGCGUGUCGAUUGCUCUGCUGUGCAGCUUCCUGCUUGGUCUUGGGGACAGCUGUUUCAACACUCAACUCUACAGCAUUCUGGGCCGGAUGUUUGCUGAGCAGAGCGCUCCAGCCUUUGCUAUAUUCAAAUUCAUACAGUCUAUUUUUGCAGCUGUGGCGUUCUUCUACAGUGGUUAUAUUCUGCUGACCUGGCAGCUCCUCGUGAUGGUCGUCAUGGGAUUUACGGGAACGCUGUGUUUUUUCAUGGUGGAGAGGAUGCAGAAUAUGUCAGCUGACACACAGGAGUAUUAGGUUGGAGUCUUUCUCAGGACACAUUUGAGUAAAUCUGAUGUAAAAUAAUGUUGUUUGUAUAAAACACUACACGUGACUUGUGCGAAAGUGCCUUUGUUUUUGUUGGACUUUGGGACUUUAAUAUACAGGUGGGAUUACAAUGAUUAUUUUUUUUAUUUACAUUCCAUGAUAGAAAAUUAUUAGUUGGAGCUGCAUUACAACGUUCUAUCUUUAAUGUGAUUGUUUUACGUUAAAUUUGAUAUUUCAAAUGAUAUUACACAGGUGCACUUGGUUUGGAUAUGCUCAUGUUGUGUUGACUGAUGUGACAGUCAUCUUAUACUCACUUACACCUUAUGACUUAGUUACAGCAUCAUGCAAAAGCAAAUUUGGUAUUUUGCUUGACUUAUUUAUUCCAUGAGUGAAAGUGUCAGAUUAGAGCUGGGUUAGCAAAAUAAAACCUAAUAUUUAGCUGGUCAUGUGAUUUCAUGUCUGCUCCCAUGAUUGGACCUGCUCCAUGUAAAAUAUUACAGCUUUUAUUAUGCUUCUGAUACGACUGGAGCCUUAUUCUUAUGUGAGCUUUUAAACGGAUUUUAUGAAGUAUUAUCCAUCUCUUUAUGUGUAUUAUGUGCUUAAACAAAUACACAAUGAGGAAAAAAUACUGCACCUUGUGUAAAAGGAUGUUGGUGACAGUCAGAUGUUGGCUCAGUAAUUACACUCUAAACUGAAAUAUAUGUACACCAUUAUACACCAUACAAUUUCUACUCAUUAGUUUGGAAUCAUUAAGGUGUACCAUAUUUUUGAAAGAAGUCUCUUUUCUUAUAUAUAGAAGAAAAUGUAAUUGUCUACACAAAGUGGAGCUGUAUCAUUUCAGUUAAGAAACCAUUUCUCUCAGGGUCCUGCUAAAUAAUUUAAGGAUUUUAUUAGGAUCUUCAACUCUAAAAGGCUAAUGGCAUGCCAGUUCACUUUCAGAUUUCUUUUCUAAAAGGAUACUCUAUAUACACUCUGUGUUCUUGAUUGUGAACCAUUUUAAAGUUGUUAAAGUCAUACCAGUUAAACUUAUUCAGAUAUUGAAAGUAUUAGACAGCCAGACAGUGAUGUCAUGAGGACUCUGUCACAAGACGGGUUUAAAUAAUGUUUACACAAAGGUCGUCUUCAUGACAAGUGUCUUGAAGACACAAGUCUUCUAGGCUAUUUAAUGUGGUCAUACAUCACAAAUCACAAAAGUGCUGUUUGUUGUAAACCAGUGUUUAUUUGAAACAACAGCUCUCCCUUUUGUAAGAUUCAAUUGCAUAUAAGGAAGCAAAAUAAUAAAUGAAGCAAACUUUACAUUACAUUUUACAUUGCAUAAAAUGCGCUUAACAUUACCUAAAUAUCUUGUUAUGCAUAAUACAUGAUGUAGUUCAUUUGGUAUGCAUUUGGUUUUAAUGUGUAAUUUCAAUUUGUACUACACCCCUGCUACACAUUAGAAUAAUUUAUGUGUCAUAUUGUAAAUAUUUGUGUUCAGAUUUAAUCCUCAUUGUGACAUUUGAUUUUUGAAUUUGUAAUUGACAAUCAAUAUGAAAUGUUCUAACCUUCUGGGUUUUAUUUCAUGCUUCAAUGCAUUUCAAUAAAGAUUUAUUAUUAUUGGUAUUAUAAUGUGUACAUAUCGUAUAAAUUAAACGUUAAUAUCUAUAUAUUUUCAUUUACAAUGACCUUUUCACUGAUCAUCAAUAUGUAGUACAUUACAUUUACUAAAUCUUUUAUCUGUCCACAUUCUAAUUUUAGGGCUUGGCUUAGUAUGAAAAGGAAUUUGUGAGUAAAGAAAAAUCAUCAAAAUAUCAAUAAAAUCAUGGGAUUUCCAGUA